UUCAUUCUCAAAGUCUUUCUUCAGUCAUUGUGUGUCAUGCAUCUCUUUAUCUGUUAAUGACAUGUAAUUAAUUUAAUAAAAUUAUAAGGAAAUAGCCAAACAAAACAACUAUUGUGUGUAACAUUAACUCUUUAUCGGGCGAGGAACCAUAACUUAAUGGACCAUUCAUAAUGGCGUUUACACGCCUCUCCGUGAGCUCGUAAAGCGCAUGGAUUUCUCCCAGCCAAUCAGCGGAUGUCAGUCUGCGUCACCGAUGGUAACACCAUGGCAUCUGACCAAUCAGGAGCUGCCCGGGCCGCUACAAACUUCAGCGUUAUUCCGGAAGUUCAGAGACAGAUCUACUCAGACACAAACAUUAUUACCAGCCAAACCAACAAUGCUGUCUACUCGGCUCUUUUGUGGAAAGCGGGUGACUGCUGUUGUGCCGGCUGACCCCGCCAUCAGUGACGACGAGGUGGCAGACCCCGACUUCAUCCCACUUACCCACGAGUGCCCGAGUGACAUGGGCCCUCUGCCAAGAGGAGGUGUGUGCGGACCGCAGUGCAGGAGCUUGAGGACGAAGACGACGAGGAUGAAGACCAGCCAGCACCACAAGCCAAGGGCCCCACAAAGAAGGGCAAGCCAGCGUCCAGGCUAACCAGCUGGAAGAAGGUUGACCUGGAGAACCAAGCCCUGCCUGAGUACCAGCACGUUCCCCCUGACUUCAUCGAGACUCCAUAUGCUUACUUCAGCAAGUACUUCAGCCCCCGUGUCAUCAAGCACAUAGCAUCCCAAACCAACUUGUAUGCAACCCAGAAGGACGUGAACACCACCUUCACCACCACUGAAGAUGAGGUGAGGAACUUUGUGGCCAUCCUGCUCUACAUGGGGAUUUCUGAGCUGCCCUCCAUGGAUGACUACUGGACAAUGGAGACCAGGGUCCCUCAAGUUGCAAACCUCAUGUCGUCUAAGAGGUUCAGGCUGAUGAGAAGGCUUGUCCACUUUAAUGACAACACCCAGAUCCCUGGCACCAUCGACAGAUUCUUCAAAGUCCGGCCACUGUUCAACCUCCUGGUUACUGUCUUCAGGAGUGAGCCACAGACCCCCAAGCAGUCUGUGGAUGAGGUUGUGGUUGCCUACAAAGGCAAGACAGCUGGCAACCUGAGGCAGUGCAUCAAGAGCAAGCCGGACAAAUGUGGAUUUAAGUUGUUUGCCAGGGCUUCUGAGGAUGGCUUUAUUCAUGACCUGGUGCUAUACCAGGGCAAAACUACGCUGCAGGCCCACGGUGUCCCCAUGACGUCUGAACAACAAGCCUUGGGGGUCACCAGCCAGAUAGUCUCCGUCCUGGCCAGCACCAUGUCCUCGUCCACCACCACAGCCAUCUUUGCAGACAACCUCUUCACCAGCCUGGAGAUAGUGCGGUACCUCAAAGAUAAGCACUGCAGGUACACGGGGACAGCCAGGGACACCAGAAUAGGCAAACCUCCAUUGAAGUCCAUCAAGGACAUGGAGAAAAAGGCCGUCCCUCGUGGUGUACAUGACUACGUCACCAGUGACGAUGGGAUCCUGGCCCUCAGGUGGAAGGACAACAGGGUCGUCUCUCUGCUGUCAACAGACAUGGGUGUGGAGCCCAUAUCCUCAGUCUACCGGUACUGCAGUGACACCAGGAGGUAGGAACCGGUAAG